ACGCGCGCCUGCUCCUAGCGCUUCCUCCUGCUUCAACAUGCCGGUUGAUACAAAGCGAGUCCGUGGCCCAGAGGUUUCCCAAAGCCCCUCUUUAUUCACUAACGAGCCUCCGGUGGUUGUCCCUUCGCAUGGGCCGAGGAAGGACGGCCGUCAGCGGGACCAGGUGGACGUCCGGCCGGUGUUCGUGAGGUGCGGGCUGGUGAGCCAGGCCAAGGGCUCCGCGUACAUCGAGGCUGGAGACACCAAGUUGAUGUGCUGCGUUUACGGACCGAGAGAAACGGAGAGGAAAGAUGAUACUGACAUGAAGAGUGGAAGGUUGACCACUGACAUGCGCUUUGCCCCGUUCUCCUGCCCGGAGCGUGGAUCCUGGCUUCAGGGCAGUCAGGACAAGGACUUCUCCCUGAUGCUGCACGAGAGUCUCCAGCCCGCCUUGUGCCUCCACAAAUACCCUCGCUCCCAAAUCGAGGUCAACGUCAUGGUCCUGGAGAACAGCGGCUCUGUUCUGGCCCAUGCCGUCACAUGCGCCUCCAUGGCUCUUGCUGACGCCGGGAUUGAAAUGUAUGAUAUGGUGCUCGGCUGCACUCUUCGGCAAGAUGGAGCGUCGUAUGUGGUAGACCCGACUUAUGCUGAAGAAAACAGCUACGGCUCAGUGAACAGUGCGAACGUGGGUAGUCUGGCGGUUGCCUUCAUGCCCAGUCUGAACCAGAUCUCUGGACUUCAGUCGGACGGGGAGAUGACUGAGGAGACCCUGACAGCUGGCUUGAGGACAUGUAUCGAGGGUUGUUAUAAAAUAUACCCAGUUAUUCAGCAAGCUCUGGCCAAAGCUGUUCGCAGAGUUGCUCCCCCACCUUCUGAGAGCUGAGAGACUUUUGUACUUGUUCACAGUAAUAAACCAUUGUCUUUGUAUUCUGGAUUAAAUGUACCUUGUUGCCCUUAUUAUCUAUGAUACAGAUCAUUGAGUUUGAUGUACUUGGACUUUUCAUAAAUGUUUGCCAUUGCAGAGCAUAAUUUUAUGCAGAUAUGUAAUUAUGUUAGUAAAUGAACACUUGAAUACAGUCUUGAAAUAUAUAUUUUAGAGAGAAAAAAAAGUACAUGCCAGACAUGUUUAUUGUCAGUGCAGAUCUGUUACAAUCACUGAAAGCAAAGUUUGUAGAGACAAUUUUGUAAACGCUAAAUUAAGUACUGUUGCUCAAGUAUUUUCAUGGUCUGUAUGAACAUUUCGAGUUGUUACUGUGGUGCGAUAAUAAUCGGUUGAAUUUUAACAACCAUGUAUGGAAAUAAAAUACGUUUUCAUAUAG